GUAAGUAUAAAUUGAAAAUGCAGGCUCUGAAACUUGUGAUGGUUGAUGAUAUCUUAAUUGACUAGUGGAGAAAAGUUCUCUUUUUCGAGGAAUUUGUCUCUUAACAGGAAUCAUCCAUCUUCUUCUCAUCUUUGCUUGUAAGCACUGUACGUACACUUCAGUAUAGUUGGGUUAGAAACCUGGAACUUUGCCCAGGUAAUUAUCACAUAAAAGUCCCCAAGUUUACAUUCUCCGUUUGAGCUUAAAUGGACGAUGGGGAGCUAGAUGUGUUGAACAAAGAAGUAUUUUCGGGUGCGAACAUGGGUGAGAUUCCAAGCAAUUCUUCAAUGGAUAGUUUCUUCGAUGAACUACUCAAGGAUACCCAUGCGUGUACUCACACACACACUUGCAACCCUCCUGGUCCUGAUUAUUCCCAUACACAUACCUGCUUUCAUGUGCAUACCAAAAUUGUAUCUGCACCCUCUGAUGAUAAGACUGGGACUGAUGACACUGCUGAGUCCACUGAAAAAAAGUCAAAGAAACGCCCAUUAGGCAAUAGAGAGGCUGUCCGCAAGUAUAGGGAGAAGAAGAAGGCAAGGGCCGCAUCUUUGGAGGAUGAAGUUGUGAAACUGAGGGCUUUGAAUCAGCAGUUGCUGAAGAGGCUUCAGGGACAAGCUGCAUUGGAGGCUGAGGUUGCAAGGCUGAAAUGUUUGCUUGUGGAUAUACGGGGAAGGAUUGAAGGGGAGAUUGGAUCUUUUCCAUAUCAGAAAUCAGCUAAUGAACUGAACUUUGCUAAUCCAAAUUUGGCUAGUGCUUAUGUGAUGAAUCCAUGUAAUGUGCAGUGUAAUAGUCAGGCUUACUGCUUGCAUCCAGGGGCAGAUGGCAAGAGCGGGGAUGGUAUUGCCUUAAAUGGCCAAGGGCUUACUGGUUGUGAGUUUGAUAAUCUUCAGUGUCUGGCAAAUCAAAACUCAGGAAUGAAGGAGCUUGCUGGCUGUGGAAUUGGGAACCUAGUAACAAAUGCCAAUGGCAAUUCUUCUAGCACAAAUAAGAGGAAAGGCGGGACUCGUGGAGCAACAGGAGGUUGAAAAGCUGUUCAUAUUGUGUUCAUUCCAUGAGUGUACAAUAAGUGCUUCUGUUGAGCUGCUGAAUCUACUUCCUUGCUUUGUUGGGUUUGGUUAGUUUAUUUUCCCACUCUUUUUGUUUUCACUUUUUUUCCCCUUAACUUAGGUAUCCCAUGCUUAGAGACUCUGGGGUGAUCCCUGCUAAGAUAAGCUUUAGCCAGUGGGUUGGUUAGUUCAUGUUCUGUAGUCCGAAACAUGCUUUGUAAAGGAGGAACUUAAUGGAUCUGUAGCUAGUAGAAUUUAUGAAAUUCUAAGAAGCUGUCAACCUUGUAAAGUGUUAAUUUUCGCUCUCUAUCCUCAUCAGUUGCACAUGAUCAUAAUUAAUAAGAGCUACUGUUUGGCGUAAGCUUUGCUGAUGCUCCUCUGGGUUUGGCUGGCUUUCAGCUAGUAGUUUCUGCAUUUUUUUUUCCAGUGUCAUUCUACAAGUUUGGAUGGGUUCUUUGUGAAGAUCUCCCCUACUAAGCAAUCUGAAUUCUUCAUUGCUGAAUUACAGAAUUUAUGGAAGGGGCCAUCUUUGAUGUCUCACUAAUGAAGCAGGCAGAUAAUUGUUUGCGAGGCAAAUGCCCUUUGAAAUUUGUGCUCCUGGGACCUUGCCAACAGCCAUGAAUGAGCCAGAAACAGCGAGGGAUGAAGAGAUUGUUUUUGUGGGAUGUUUUUUCUCUGCUCUGUGGUCAUUGUUUCCCAAAAUUCGUUCUGUCAAAAACUUACUAAUCAGUUCAAAAUGUCAAAACGGAUAGCAAAUUAUUAUAUUUGUUAUUUUGGCCAAUAGAAGAGAUGUGGGAUACUUGUGUUUUUUGUGAGAACAAAUUUUCAAGUUGAAGUUUAACAUGUUUUACAAUGACCAAAUUAUUCCUUCUA